UUAGAGACAACAAUAUCAGUUAAAGGUAGUAUCUGAGACGUUUGAUUCCAGGACCUUGGACAGUAGCUAGCUAGCUAAUCUAUUCGCCUGUGAUCGCGGCAACAGCUUCAGAAUCAACGCAACUGGAUUUCAAAGUUCAAGAAAAAGGGGUUUUUGGGAUACAUUUUGGAUGAGAUUUUAAAUCUCGUCCCCGUGGAAUCAAGUGGAGUUUCCCCAGUUGGUCCAGGACGAAAAAAAGACAUCAAGUCUUUCACAGUUUACUCACCAGGCAAUCAACCCAGGUUCACAUGCAGGAGAACGGCAGGCCGUUGUAGCCAGGUUCUCCCAGCUCUGACGCAGUGAGGUAGACUCUCACCUCGCCCCAGGUACUCCCUUGUGGCCUCCCUGACCCGUCAAGGCUAGAACCCCCCCCCCCUCCUCCGGGCACCAUGGGCACCGUGCUGUCAAUCUCCCCCAGCUACCGGAAGGCCGCCCUGUUUGACGAUGGGCCGGCCACCGUGGGCCACUACACGGCCGUGCAGAACAGCAAGAACGCCAAGGACAAGAACCUGAAGCGCCACCCGCUGAUCAACGUGCUGCCAUGGAAGCGCAUUGUGGCCGUCUCAGCCAAGAAAAAAGGCUCCAAGAAGGUGCAGCCCAACUGCGCCUACCAGAGCAAUGUCACCCACCUCAACAACGAGAACCUGAAGAAGUCGCAGUCCUGCGCCAACCUCUCCACCUUCGCCCAGGACCCCGCCGCCGCCCUCCCUGGCUCCAAGACCUCCGGCAAUGUGGCCUCGUCCGUCAAGAAGGCGCCCCUGGGCAGCUCCAACGGCGCCGCCGGCACGCCCAAGCGUGUCAUUGUGCAGGCCUCCACCAGCGAGCUCCUGCGCUGCCUUGGCGAGUUCCUGUGCCGCCGCUGCUACCGGCUCAAGCACCUGUCGCCCACCGACCCGGUCCUGUGGCUCCGCAGCGUGGACCGCUCCCUGCUCCUCCAGGGCUGGCAGGACCAGGGCUUCAUCACCCCGGCCAACGUGGUCUUCGUCUACAUGCUGUGCCGGGACGUGGUCUCCUCUGAGGUGGCCACCGAGCACGAGCUGCAGGCGGCCCUGCUCACCUGCCUCUACCUGUCCUACUCCUACAUGGGCAACGAGAUCUCCUACCCGCUCAAGCCCUUCCUGGUGGAGAGCUCCAAGGAGGCCUUCUGGGACCGCUGCCUGUCCAUCAUCAACCUGAUGAGCGCCAAGAUGCUGCAGAUCAACUCCGACCCGCAUUACUUCACCCAGGUCUUCGCCGACCUCAAGAACGAGAGCCAGAAGGAGGAGGAGAGGAGUCGGCUGCUCAUCGGGCUGGACCGGUGA